UCACGGCGUUCCCGGCCAGAAGCGGGGCUGCGCGCGCACGCGCUCGCGUCUCCAGGCAACGGGGAUAACAGGGGCCAGCUGAGGGCGCCUGCGCGGCGGGCGGUGAGUGGAGGGGUUUGGUCCCGGGAUUGUCCCUGAGCUGGAGUUGUCGCGGAGAGCCUCAGGCUUCAAUCCCGACCCUGAAUGGCGGAUCUCCACUUGGCACCACCUCUGCCUGUGGGUGUGAUGCUCCCGUAUAAUAAAACAAAAGCUCCCGGGCUCCACUCAAGUAAGCAAGACCCCUAUGAAAAAGGUGACUCUCCCCAGCUGUCCUCAGCGGGGCACCUGAGGAAUAAUUCCCAGGAGAAGCUUUUGAGCAACAAAGAGCUGACGCUGAAUCAUCUCUACACUCCCUCCAAACGGAACACCUGUGAGAAAGCUGGGAGCUAUUUCUAUCCCCACCGUGCUGGACUCAGCCAGCAAGAUCCAAAAAGCCAUCUCCAGAGCCAAGCAAAGGAUUUGUUUUACUCAUCAGGCCCUCAGUCCCGGUAUCCCAAGGCAAAUAACCAUGAGUUCAUCCCCUUUACGAAGAAGCGAGUUGGCGUGGACCGGGCAUACCCACUGAAACCUGUGUUCCACAGGAAGUCUCAUAGCACAGGUGAGACUGGCAUGGAUGGGGACCAGAACGUCUCUCCGAGACCCCCUGAGCCCAGGGAGUUUUCAUACGGCGGCUUUGGUGUGAGGAACUGGGCCAGUUCGUCUGUGGUUGGUACUGUUGCCAGGCAGGAGGAGAGGCCCAUGGCAAACCCCAACCGGACUGAGUGGAUGCAGAUCCAAAGACUAGAAGCUGCAGGGGAGAAUUUAGAGGAGGAAAUCCGAAGAAAAGAGACCCUCCUGCGGGAAAAGCUGAAGAAGACAGAAGAAGAACUCAGAAGGAUCCAGAAGGAAAAAGAGCAGGCUGAGGAAAAUGAAAAAAGAGAGUUACAGAGACUGACGCUCCCCAGGAGGAGACUUAAAGGUAAUAGCAACCCCACUCACAGACCUGUCUUCUCCCCCGAGUAUGGCUCUAAGGAGGUCUUCAGUGGAGAGGAUGAAACUUGGGGACGUUCUCAAGAAAAUUGUAGUCCAUUCCAGUUCUCUGGUUAUGGGACACAGAAGCUCAAAAGGGAAACACUAGUGGCAAACAACAACAAAAUCCGAGACCAAGCCUCGGGGCAGGUGAAGAAGUUUUCUCAGCCUACAGAAGCUCCAGGCAGUGCUUGGCCAGGGUCCACCAGCAACUCUAACUUGUCUAGGGCACCACACUCCUCAGGUUCCAGCUGUUCCACUGAAGAGCCAGAACUGGGCAAAUGCAGCCACUGUGGACGCAAGUUUCUCUUGCUCAGGCUGGAGAGACACUCCAACGUCUGCAGCAGGAUGCAGGGUUCCAAGAGGAAAGUGUUUGACUCCUCCAGGGCCCGGGCCAAGGGCACAGAACUAGAGCAGUACUUGAACUGGAAGGGACCAGCCUCAGUCAAGGCUGAAGCUCCACGGAAGAGCAACUGGAGACAGAAGCAUGAGUCUUUCAUCCGCACCCUCCGCCAGGCUCGAGAGGUCCAGCGGGUAAUUGCCAAAGGUGGAAACCCCGCCGACUUGCCUCCCAUCCUGCCUGCAGAAAAUCCCGACUAUAUUCCGUGUCCUCACUGUAGCCGUCACUUUGCUCCCAAGGUGGCUGAGCGGCACAUUCCCAAGUGUAAGACCAUCAAGAACCGUCCUCUGCCUCCAAGGAAGCAUUCCAGUUGAGCAGACAACAGUGGACACCUCCUCAAUAGUUCCAGAAAGCUCUGCUUCUCUUGAGCAGUAAGUUGGAGUAGAAUGAUUUGAUGCAAAGCAGGAAGAACUAGAAUUUUUACAUCUCCCAGAUCUGCCUGCAGAGCUGAGACCAGGGAGGAGAAACCCACUGCUAAGCAGCAGGAGGCAGAAGGAAGCCUCAGCCUCCCACUGAAUUACCACCUCAGGCUGGUGUGCCUUAUGUUAUUGCCCUAAGAACUGGUGGGUGAAGACGGUUAAGAGUAGCAAGCAGCCUACAUUAAAGCUGUCUUCUCACAAGCUGGCUUGUGGUUUGUGCUAGCUAAGUGCCUGCAUCUGUCUGUGGCUCCUGUUAACUCUUCUCAUUCUUGCGAGAAGUUGGCUCAUUCGGAUGAGUUGGUGUCAGAGGAUCAAGGUCACCCAGAUGAUAUCUCAUAAAAAAUAACACGAUUUCGUUGUAAGGCAAAUGGAAGUCUAUCCUGGACCUCCCUGGUGCAUGGUCCUGGCUAAAAACCAAUACAAAGUAUGUAAGGUUAGAGUGCCAAUACAUCCUAAACCCUCCCUAUGGUGUACUGUGUCAUAAAGGGAACCUCAUCUUCAUCUACGUCACAGGUAGGGAUGGGGAAAAACACACUAUAUGUCUCUGUAGUUGUUCUUUUCUAAUGUCAAAGAAGGGGAAGAAACUUCAGUUUCAGCUAUUGCUAGCACUCUGCUUUCAAAUCAGGUUGGUAAGUUGGAUGGAUGGCAUUUCAAAUGAAGCAGCAAAAUGUACCAUCAAAGCUGUACAUUGCUAUGUACAUGUCCUCGCUGACUAUACCACAGGUAACUUCUUUUUUAGAAAGCAAACUUUGAAGGAAAGGGUACCAGAUCUUUUUCAUUUCCUCUGUGCAGAAUCAUGCCUAGUGCAAGUAACCUUUAUAAUGAGACCCUCAAUAAAUGCGUUUGUGGGAUUUAAAAUUAAAUAAUGAGUCCUCAGCUUGCCAAGUGGGAGCAGUGAUGAGGUAUAUCUGACAGGGUAGUAUCAGCUGGUAUAACAGACCUGAAAUAAUACCAGUAGGGUCAUUGUCCUGAGAGCAUUUACUCAAAUUAUUAGUUUAAAACAUUGGAAAAAAGUCACCCAACCUGACCCGGGCAAAGAGGACUAGGCACACCACAAAAGCGUAUUUUACUCAACAACAGAUGGCCACUCACUCCUGUUUCAUUUCCACUGCAGCUUCUGCUGAGUGGCUGGGCUAACAGAUCAAACCCCUUUAAAAUGUGAGUUUAAGACUCUAGCUGUGAAGCUUAUAGGACACUAGGCUGGAAAAAAAAUUUACAUAUUUUAAAAACAGCAUAUAUUGACUUGUUUCAUGCUUUUCUGUUGCAAAGAAAAGAGUAUCACAUAACAGGGCUUUCAGUUGGCCACUUAAAGAAGCCUCACAUACUCACUGGAUAUUUAAUCCAACAUAGACAUUUCCCAGGCAAGUUUAACGAGGUCCACUUUGUUUCAUACUUGAUGGUAGAAACAAUAGAUGGCAAAAAUGAGCUGUGGCCAACGUUACUAAGUGGUGGCCUGUGGACUGCUUUGCCCCCCAGUUUAUUUGGCUGGCACAGCACUAAAAAUAUAACCUGGCAUUUAAAAACUGGGAUGUGGAGCAUCUCUUACAUAACUGGAAGUUCUGGAAACACCAGGCCAGCCACCCUGCAUAGCACUAAUUGAAUGAAGGUCAGAACCAGUUGCUCCUUGAGAGGGGAGAACAGUCAGAUCACCACAGCCCCACUUAUGUGCCUUAUCUGCCUGGCCCCACAGGCACUGGGCUGGAGAUCCCUGCAUGAUGUUAUUAAGGUCACAGAUCAGGGCCCUCCGGGGAGAAUAAAUGUGUGUGUGUGUAGGGGGCAGGGUGCUUUCUAGAGACACAGGAAGCAGUUAUUCACUAUGUUGCCAGAGAAAUAAAACAAUAGUCAAUGUCUUAAUGUUCCCUUCAAUUGCAACAUGCUUAGGCCUUGAUUAUAGCAGUCUUUUAAAUUUAGCCUGAUCUGAUCUUUGGGAAGAGGUUGGAAACCUUUUUCUAAGUCUCUUCCUGGGUAGCAGAGGAUGAUGCGUGGAGAAAUAAAUGCUGCUUGUUAGUCUAUAUAUUAUAUUACUUCAUCCAAGAACCUUUAGUCCAUGUGUUACAAAGUUCAAAAGGCUAAGCAGUGGGAAAAAUCUCAUAGUAACUCACUGUGGGCAGACAUGCUAACAUAGUGCUUAACAGUGGUGUAUUUAAGGCAGCACAGUACCUUUUGGCUAGCAUUUUCUUUUUGUCAUCAACUUGUCCCUCUUCACAACUGCACAGGAGGUAGCUGAGAUGUGAUAGUGUUUUUCUCCCUAAUGUUAUGAUUCUGUGAGGUUUAGUGAUCAGUAUGCUUAUUUCCAGUUAGUUAUUGAAGCAAUAAAUGAUUUUUGGCUUUGCAGCAUGAAGGAACACAUUUUAUAGCCCUGACUACAGCCCACUCUGCUCUGACACUAUCAUGAAUAAAACUUCUUUAUAGGCCCAGGGAUACUUUUUUGAAAGAAAUUAUUUACAUCUUUGCUCCAGAGUUGGUCUGUUAUGGAUGUUUCCAAAUAUAUGGCAAACCAAAUGAAAUGAGUUUAAGGCUGCCUUUGCUUUACACUCUAGGGAAGUGCUCAGCCUAGAGAAGUUGUAACUUGGCUGUGCUACGCCAGGGCGACCAAAACACAGUUCACCCUCUCGGAGGGAAACCAGUUUUAUAAACAAACUGGCAUUAUCACUUGAAAAAGCCCACUGUGAUCAGGGAGGCAAGUACAAGAAGUGGUCCUUCCUCUUCUAAUGGCUUAUUUUAUUCUCCCUCUGCACUUUAAGCACUGUAUUUCAUAAGGUUUUUUUUUGGGGGGGUGGGGGGUGGGAGGAGGAGAGAACUGUAGCAGCAGAAAUGAUUCUGUUAGCAAGAAAAAGAAAUUGGAAAGAGGCAAAGAUUAUUUCUGUGCAAAUGUCCCUUGCAUUGUUUGUUACAGACCACUGAAUUAAAAGAUUCAUGAAGGCCUGGAAUCUGAGUGUUUUAUCCCGU